UGCAAGCUCUAUGGUGGUGUGUUCCAUACUCAACGGUUUUCCCUUCUGACCUGUGCCGUUUCAGCUGACUGCAAGUAUAAGUUUGGCAGCUGGGGGGAGUGUGACACAGCUACUGGAUCCAAGAACCGGUCUGGAACCCUGAAAAAGGCCCUGUACAACGCAGAGUGCCAACCCACCAUCAAGGUGUCUAAGCCAUGCCCCUCAAAGACCAAGACCAAGGCCAAAGGAAAGAAGGGAAGUGGGAAGGAGAACUAAAAGGUCCACAUUGAACAAGUGAUUGGUUUGAUUUUAUUACGCAAUAUCCUUUGCUUUUUCAACAAACAUAAUAUGCACAAGUGAAUUAUGAGAUGUCAAGUGGGCCUUUCCUUCAAAUACAGUAUAACAAAUGCUAAACGUCUCUGAAUAUUGACCAAAUAUCCCACAAACACAAUUUUUUUCACAUAUUUCCAGGUGUCGGUGGCCUGGCAAUUUGGCCUGCUUGUGUUCUGAUAAUUCCAUAGUGUUAGUAGGUUUCAGCGCUGGACAUGCUGUAUUAUGCAAGAUAUGCAAGAAACAGAUACUUUGACCUCACCUGUGUUCUAGAUCUACCUAAACCUUGUGAUGUACAACAUUUUCCAGAGUUUGUUGUAUUUUUUGUAUGCUCUCAGUUCCUUUACAUUAGUUCAACUUGAGUCAAGGCAAAGCUCCUUGUUUGAGAUUAUUUCUUAACCAGUAGAUCGUUUGAUAUACUUGAGUUUUUUUAAUUAAAAUGUUCAUCUUACAUUGUUGUGAUUGUUAUAGUUUUCUCUUGACUACCAAUUAGUAUUACUAACAUAAUUGAUGAGUGGAUUUCAAUUGUGUCAAUUAGUAAAAGUACAGAGAUGCAAAUCAACUAUUUUUCUAGUAAACUGAGGACUGUCAGCUCAACGUUUUUCAUGUACAAUACAAAGCUGAGCUUGAAUGCUCAAGAGAAUGCAGUCAUUGUCUUUGUAAAGAUAAUAGUGGUAUUGUUACAAACAAUUCGUUUUAUAAUAUAUAUACUUCAAAAGGUGUCUGGCGAUUUUGAGUAAACUGCUGUGUUCAUAUUUUUGCAAACACACAUACACACACCUUCACACAGUUCAUCUGUACUCUCAUUUUUAUAAUUACUGUCAUUAUUAUUCCACAAACCCUUGGAACAGAAAAGAAUCAACCACUUUAAAUAAACUCUCAGAAUUUUGA